UCAGAGCUCCGUCUUCAUGGAGCUACACAUUAGUUUUUACACAUAUUUAGUAAUGAUAUGGUUUUAAUGCGUAACUGAUUCUCCUGAGAGAAACUACAAAAACUACUAGAGUCCAUCAGAAGAUCCGGCAUCUACAGGUUAAAACCUGCAGUCUACAGAAAUGGCAGAGGCAGACAGGCAGCAGGACCUCAAAGUUGUGGGUGCAGGAAAGAGUGAAUCAGGCAACAAAGUGAGACAACUUAUAGCCAAGUUUGAAAAACAGGCAGCAGCCAAUGCGGGUAGAGGGUACACCAACACAGACAAUGAGAUGGAAGAUCUUGAAAGAAGACGGAAGCAUCAACAUUUAGGUGGUGGAAGGUUGACCUCCAAAAUAAGUGGCUCAGGGGAACACAAGACUGAAGAACUUAAGAGUCUGAGAAAGCGCAAGAGACCAGACUCUCCUGAGCCCAGCUGUGUGUCUAUGAAGAGGGAUCAGUCAAUGGGUAGAGGCAUAGACUUCAAACAGGGAGAGUCUUCACCUGAACUGAGUCACUUUCAGAGUGAGAGACCAGACUCUCCUGAGCCCAGCUGUGUGUCUAUGAAGAGUGAUGCAUCAAUGUUCAGAGACACAACCUUCAAACAGGGAGAGUCUUCACCUGAACUGAGCACCCAAAAGAAGAGAGCAAAGACCACAAUGCCUUGUCUGCAGUCCAUAUUCCAGGAACUGGAGCACAAAGUCAUCUCUCUGGUGAAGAAUCAGCUGAAGAGGUUCAAGAAGGCACUGAGUCCAGAUUUCCCAGCAUGCUCUGAGAGGGAGGUGGAGGAUGAGGUGGAUCAGACUCUCAGAGAAGGAACACUGCAGAUCGCAUUGCACGUCCUGAGGAACAUGAAGCAGACAGACCUCGCCAGCACACUACAGACCAAAUUGGCUCCUGCUUGCCAUCAAAAGUUCAAAUCCACAUUGAAGAAGAAAUUCCAGAGAAUUAAUGAAGGAAUCUCAUAUCAUGGAGGCUCAACACUUCUGAAUGAGAUCUACACAGAGCUCUACAUCACAAAAGGUGGGAGUAUAGAGGUUAAUAAUGAACAUGAGGUGAGACAGAUCGAGACAGCGUCCAGGAGACCAGCAACACAGGAGAGACCCAUCAACUGCAGUGACCUCUUUAAAGACACAGCCGUCAGAACUGUACUGACUAAUGGAGUUGCUGGAAUUGGAAAAACAGUCUCAGUGCAGAAGUUCAUUCUGGACUGGGCUGAAGGAAAAGCUAAUCAGGAUAUCCUCUUCAUAUUUCCACUUCCUUUUAGGGAGCUGAACUCAGUGAAGAGUAGAAAACUCAGUCUAGUUGAUCUUCUUUGUCUCUUUUUCACAGACAUAAAACAAUUAAAACCAGCAGAUUAUUAUCAGUACAAAGUCUUGCUCAUCUUUGAUGGUCUGGAUGAAAGUCGACUUCCUCUAGAUUUCCAGAACAAUGAGAGCUUGUCUGAUGUAACACAGUCAGCCUCAGUGGAUGUGCUGCUAACAAACCUCAUCAAAGGGAAUCUGCUUCCCUCUGCUCUUAUCUGGAUCACCUCUCGACCAGCAGCAUGUGGUCAGAUCCCUCCUGAGUGUGUGGACCAGAUAACAGAGGUACGAGGAUUCAGUGACCCACAGAAAGAGGAAUACUUCAGGAAGAGGAUCAGUGACCAGAGUGUGGCCAACAGAGUCAUCAUACAUAUGAAGUCAUCAAGAAGCCUCUACAUCAUGUGCCACAUACCGGUCUUCUGUUGGAUUGCAGCCACUGUUCUGGAGAGGAUGCUGGGUGAAGCAGAGAGUGGAGAGAUCCCCAAGACUCUGACUCAAAUGUUCACACAGUUCCUGAUCUUUCAGAUCAAACACAAAGACCAAAAGUACCAUGGAAAAUGUGACACUGAUCCUGGGCAGACUAGAGAGAUUAUUCUGGCUCUGGGAAAACUGGCUUUUCAACAGCUGGAAAAGGGCAACCUGAUCUUCUAUGAGGAAGACCUGAGAGAGUGUGGCAUUGAUGUCAGAGAAGUGUCAGUUUACUCAGGAGUCUGCACUCAGAUCUUCAGAGAGGAGUUGGGGCUGCACCUGGGGAAGGUGUUCAGCUUUGUCCAUCUGAGCGUUCAGGAGUUUCUGGCUGCUUUGUUUGUAUUUUUCUCCUUUAUUUCUCAGAACAGAAAUGUGCUGGAACAUCAAACACAUUCAAAAUCAACAAUGACUGAUUUUCUCAAGAGUGCAGUGGACAGAGCUUUACAGAGUGAGAAUGGACACCUGGACCUUUUUCUCCGUUUCCUCCUGGGUCUCUCACUGGAGUCCAAUCAGACUCUCUUACGAGGCCUGCUGACUCAGACAGGAAGCACUUCUAACUGCAGAGAGGAAACCGUUGAGUACAUCAAGGAGAAGCUCAGGGAGAAUCUCUCUCCAGAGAAAUACAUCAAUCUGUUCCACUGUCUGAAUGAACUGAAUGACCACACUCUAGUGCAGGAAGUCCAGACAUACCUCAACAGAGGAAACUCUUGCUGUCUAACAAGAGUCCGCCUCUCUCCUGCUCAGUGGUCAGCUCUGGUGUUUGUGUUGUUGAACUCAGAGAAAGAGCUGAAUGCGUUUGAUCUGACAAAAUAUGACCCAUCAGACGAAUGUCUUCUGAGGCUUCUGCCAGUUGUUACAGCAUCCAGAAAAGCUGUGUGA